GCGUUUUGUAUGUAUAUCGGCUAUUUAAUGCCUUUCGUAAAGACUCAUUAGUGCGAGAGAUAUGCUAUGCCACGAAUUCGGGUCCUCAUUUCAAGUAUGGCGAGCACCAGAUUCAACCGCCUGGCUUCCGAAGCAAUUGACACUGUCGAUACCGCCGAGAGAAACUACAAGACAAUCAGAAACGAUAACCACCUUCCUGAAUCCCUCCACGGGGUCGGUCAGACCCUGCAAUCUGUCCAAGGCGCUCUCCGAUCCAUCCAAGGUCCAGUGGAUAGAGACUCUAUCAAGGCCUGUCUUCAGGCACUGACAGCAUUCAACACCAAAGCAAAACUCUCCGAGAGGAUUUUGGUGGACAUUGCUCAGGCCCCCACUGACCGGCGUCUCGAGGCUUAUCGGCAAGCUGUCAAAAAGAAACCUGGCGGAAACAUGAUUGAGCAAUUGGCGAUAGGGAUGGUGGCUGAUCUCAGUACUCUGGCGAGCCGCAGUACGGCCAAGAGGAGCAUGGAAGGGCAACUGGAACAACUCCGGGCAGAGGUGGAAAGGCUGUCGAAGAUGGAGCCGUCCAUAUCAGAGACACGGCCAUACAACAAGUUCUCCAGCAGUGGCCCGGGGAAUCAAUUCAAUGCUACUGGAGGAACUCAGAACAACAACACAGGAAGCGGCAACCAGUUCGCCAGCGUAACCUUUACUGGUCCGGUCAAUUUUGGCCAAAGUGCAUGACGCCGUGUUUUUCCUUUGCAUCGCUGGAAAUUGGACGGCGUCUACUGCCACGAACGGACGAGCAUCGAUGUUGGAAUGAAAAUAGUUUUGUUCAUGAAUUACCCUAUAUCCACAGGCUAGGGCUCGCUAGAUGCGCCAAAGGGUCAGCCAAACGACACCGGCCCGUGAAAGCCACCAAAGAAUUGAUUCCCGUUACCCGUAUUAUUACUUUGUGAUCCUCCAUUGACGUUAAACUGCGAGCCAGAGCCAGAAUUAUUAAACUCGUAGUGCUUUGCUUGUU